CCGCACAAGCGUCCCCUGGCGUUGCUUAAGCACAUGAUGUAAACACUCGUGAGUCUCAAUCCCCGAUCACCUCCACUUGGAUUCUUUAGAGCACGACUCUGUGGUACAGCGUGCGAGGGCAAGUGGAGAGACCUCCCACCUCCUCACGCUCGCCGCCAUGUCCACCGCCAACACCAUCAAAGUCGUCGCCCGCUUCCGCCCCCAGAACAAAAUCGAAGUGGCCGCCGGCAGCGAACAAGUCGUCGACUUCACCAGCGAUGACAGCUGCACCAUCACCUCGCGCGAGAAUACGGGCGCCUUCACCUUCGACCGUGUCUUCCCCACCAACACCGCCCAGCACGACGUCUUCGACUACUCCAUCCGCAGCACUGUCGACGAUGUCUUGGCCGGCUACAAUGGCACCGUCUUCGCCUACGGGCAGACGGGUUCCGGCAAGACGUAUACCAUGAUGGGCGCGGACAUCGGGGAUGAGGCGUCCAAGGGGAUUAUCCCACGGAUUGUGGAGCAGAUCUUCAGCAGCAUUUUGCGUAGCGAUGAUAGUCUGGAGUUCACCGUCAGGGUGAGCUAUAUGGAGAUUUAUAUGGAGAAGAUCCGCGACCUGCUGCAGCCGCAGAAUGACAACUUGCCGAUACAUGAGGAUCAGAAGAAGGGGGUGUAUGUGAAGGGGUUGACGGAGGUGUAUCUGGGGUCGGUGGAGGAGGUGUAUCGUGUGCUCCAGAUCGGCGGGCAGUCGCGAGUCGUUGCUGCGACGAACAUGAAUCAGGAAUCGUCACGGUCGCAUUCGAUCUUCGUCAUUGAGAUUGCGCAGAAGAACACCGAGACCGGUUCGAUGCGAUCCGGUCGAUUGUACUUGGUUGAUCUGGCUGGUUCGGAAAAGGUUGGCAAGACUGGCGCCUCCGGGCAGACACUGGAGGAAGCGAAGAAGAUCAAUAAGUCUUUAUCCGCUCUUGGCAUGGUCAUCAAUGCUCUGUCGGAUGGCAAGAGCUCUCACAUCCCUUACCGCGACAGCAAGCUCACUCGCAUUUUGCAAGAAUCUCUCGGCGGUAACUCACGGACAACGCUCAUUAUCAAUUGCUCGCCUAGCAGUUACAACGACGCCGAAACAAUGUCAACGUUGCGUUUUGGCGAACGCGCUAAGACUAUCAAGCAGAAGGCGAAAAUUAAUGAGGAGCUUUCGCCCGCGCAGCUCAAGGCUCUGCUCAAGAAGGCGCAAUCGCAGGUCACCUCAUUCGAAUCGUAUGUCCAAUCUUUGGAGGGCGAGGUUGGCAAUUGGCGUAAGGGUGAGCAAGUACCAAGAGAACAGUGGACGCCGGCCAUGAAGGAUAUAAGUCGCGCAGUUGCGCAAGCGCCGCCCAGACCUGCUACGCCCAGCAGCAGACUGAAGGCCGGACAGGACAAUGCUGGUACGCCGAGACCAGAAAGCAGACUUGAGCUGGAGCGAGCAGGCACGCCGAGCUUGGCGAUGGAGAAGGACGAGAAGGAAGAGUUCCUGAGGCGGGAGAACGAGCUUCAGGAUCAGUUGGCCGAGAAGGAGAGCAGUCUGGCCGCUGCCGAGCAGGCCUUGCAGCAAGCCAGAGCGGAGCUUCAGGAUCUGCGAGAAAGUCAGACGGCCACAGUGCGCACAAACGAGCAGUUGCAGGGCGAGACCGAGGGUCUCCGGAUGCAGGUUGAGAAGAUCAACUUUGAGACGAAGGAGGCCAGCAUUACUAUGGACUCGCUCAAAGAGGCUAAUGCGGAGCUGACGGCGGAGCUGGAUGAUGUGAAGCAUCAGCUUCUCGACGCCAAGAUGUCCGCUAAAGAGUCUUCCGCGCAGCUCGACGAGAAGGAGCGGCUCAAGAAAGAGCGCAUGGCGCAAAUGAUGGCUGGCUUUGAUCUCGGCGACGGGCUCAUAAGCCCAUAUGAAGCGCAUAUGCGCAGUACGCUGCAGCAGGUCGACAGUCUGCUGGAGAUCGCAGAUAGCGGUGAUGCCAUUGCGCCGGAUGAGUUACAUCUGCUGAAGGAGCGUUUGGUGGAAGUACAAGGCUUUGUGCGGCAAUCCGAGAUCAACGGUGGCGUGAACGAGCAUGGAAGCGGAGCGGACACUGCGAUGCUGGAGCAAAAGCUGGCUCAAGCGCAGCAGGACUACCAAGCCGUGCUCGAGCGAAAUCUUUCCGAAGCCGACACGGAAGAGCUGAAACGGAAACUCUACGAUUCCCUCGCCGCACACCACGCCGCCCAACCCGACGGCUCAGACCUCGGCGCCGCACUGACACGGCAACAGGAAGAGAAUGCCCGUCUACGCAGCGAGCUCGAAGCCCUGCGCAAACGAGCCAUCAACGGCACUUCACCAAACGGCUCACACACUCUCAGCAAACAGCUCACAGACUUUGACACGAUCAAGAAAUCGCUCAUGCGCGACCUGCAGAACCGCUGCGAGCGCGUCGUCGAGCUCGAGAUCAGCCUCGAUAGCACGCGGGAACAGUACAACAGCAUCCUGCGCAGCUCGAACAGCAAGCAGCAGGCGAAGAAACUCGCGUUCCUGGAGCGGAAUCUGGAACAGCUUACGCUUGUGCAACGGCAGUUGGUGGAGCAGAACGCGCAGUUGAAGAAGGAAGUGGCGAUUGCGGAGCGCAAGUUGGUAGCGCGCGGCGAGCGGAUACGCGGGUUGGAGGCAUUGGUGGCGGAGAGUCAGGAGAAGUUGAUGGUGGCGAAUCAUAAAUUUGAAAGCCAGCUCAUGGCCGUCAAAGAACGGCUCGAAGCGGCCAAGUCCGGCUCGACACGCGGUCUAACCAAUGCCAACACGGCAGGCAUUAAUGGGUCCUUCGCGGGCGGGAAUCAAUUCGGUCGCAUUGCGAAGCCGCUGCGUGGAGGCGGUGGCGGUACGGAGGCGCCCAUGGUGCCGACGUUCGCGGGCUUGCAGGCGCAACAGCACGCUGGAAUGAUGCCGCCCGAGGGAAAUCCGGGUGGGAAGAGGGGCAGUUGGUUCUUUAAUCAGCGGACUUGAAGUGCGGUCGGUGCGCUUAUGACGAUGGGGGCCGUGAGGAGGGGGACUGGUGUGGUUGGGAAUGCUGGAUGCCCCUUACGAUACCCCUGUAUAUUGGCAUUGGACGUUCCUCGACGGCUGGGUAACGCGGUUUGGCUGAUUCGUAUCGGAUCGUACCUAGCAGUAGCGUUCUGGCUCCCUUGGACUUAGAAGCGUAUUUUGCGCUUGGGAAGGUUUUGAAUGUCCGCCAAUGUUCCCUGCGGCGCUUUUUGAUACCCAAGGCCUCCCGUAUGCAGAGAGCCAUGAUUAUUGCUAGGGAGAGUACGUGUUUUGUACAGCCGUUAGCCUCUGAACCGCUGCCACCUAUGAGAGCGGGGGACCAAAUCACAAGCCGACUUUUCAAUGGAGCCGCUA